UAAGAAUGCCAAGACUAACGUUUAUGAAGACUGCAGAUUUCGUCGCUGCAAUUUUGUGCAAUAGCAACUUACAAUCUUCCAGCAUCCAUGGUGAUCGUCUUCAGAGUCAGCGUGAGCAAGCGCUUCGUGAAUUCCAGAAUGGUAUUAGAAAUAUUCUCGUGGCCACUAGUGUUGCUGCACGUGGUUUAAAUAUUGCCGGCAUAAACUAUUUCGUAAGUUAUGACUUGCCAACUGAUAUUGAAGAGUAUGUGUUAGUCGAACGGGCGGCGUGGGAAAUGUUGGCAAAUCAAUAAGCUUCUUUGACGAACAAAAAGAUGGGACAUACCUG